CCGGUCCUCACAGCGGAGGAGACCUCAGAGUGCAGGUCUACAACGGAAGGGUCCUGACAGUGGAGACCUGCAGCCAGACUCUCUUGACAACUGUGGACGAAAAAGUCUAAUGGCCGGCAGCAGACUCGAGAAGUUUGGAACUGUAUUCACGCGGAUUCGAGAUCUGAUGCGCUCUGGAGUCAUACAGCCAGCAGAGAAACCCAUCUGGUAUGACAUAUACAAGGCUUUUCCACCAAAAAGGGUCCCACUUCAUGUGAAGCAACAUACCAGAGCCUGUACCAAGAAACACCAGACUGUACCUGAAAUCUUCUACAGAGAGGAUGAAGUUAGAGCGAAGUUCUAUGACCAGUAUGGGAUGGGUCCUCGGCCUCUUGAUCUGUUCAAAUCAAAUUUUGUUUCUACAAGUCAAAGGUUUGCAGACAAGUAUUCAGAGUUAAAGAGCCAGAGCGGGCUGGAUGAUUCUGCCCUGUUUGAGGAGACUGGGAAAGCCUUACUAACAGAGAACAUAGUGCUGAAAAGGAGAGGUGCUUCUGCGGUGCCAGCAGAGUCCAGGGAUCCAGUGCUCAAGCUGAAGUUAAUAGACAUGUUGACAGAGCAGCAGUCAGUCGAUGCUGGCAGCGAGGAGACAACAGAACACACCACAACGUAGAACUCAUUAGCUUUGCUGCUGUUUGAUCCAUUUUUAGAGGCUGUAGUUCUACUUUUGCUACUCCUAUGGAACUAAUGGUCAUCUUUAGAAAUCUGCUUUAUUUCAACUACAAAGUCAGGGCAUGCCUGUAAGGGAUCUCUUCAGGAUCUGCCCUUUGGACUGUUGCCAGCUUCAGGUUCCCUAAAUGUAUGUCACUUAGAUGUAAAUGACUACAGUGCACUGCACCAACAGCAUU